GAAAGAGAUCCAUCGACAUGAUUUGUAAGAAACAAUCAAAUUCGAACUAACAAUAUAUUUAUUUUGGAGUGAAAUGAAUGAGUUCUUAUAAAAACUAUGAAAUUUUUAAACACAGCCCCAGCCCAAUAUAAUGAACAACACAACCAUCACCUGAUAGAAAACCCUCAAACGAGUCCAGGACUCCUUCCACCAAUGAUUUCCUCCACCCUCCCAAUUAGCUCGUAUUUUGUUCCCGCCACGUUUCACAAUUAGCCCACUCCCCCAUUCCAUUGCAAGCUUUCGUUCAUCUACCAAACCUUCGGCACCAAUAUCCCCAACCUUUUUAUCGAUCAAGUAGGGAAUGCAUCAAUCAAUGAGUUAAUGGUCAAAGUGCUUCAAGUGAAUCUAAGAAUAAUGAUAUCAUUCCUACAUAAAAUAAACAAGGACGAUUCUACGGGGAUUAGAGUGAGGGUGACUAGGUGAGGACGAUGAUGAGCGAGGGAUAUUAGGGUUGAUCCUAACGAUCUUAUGUGAUUUUUUAAUCUUAACUAUUAACCAAAUUAAGUGACUUUUAUGAGGUCUCGGGUUGCUUAUUUGUGUGUUUUUGUUAUGUACAAGAAUAAAUCUAUAGAUUUAUUUGUGUUUAUUUAGCAGAUAAACUUGCCUUUGGAAGUAAGUAGGUUAUUUGUUAUUACUAUGUAGUGUUUUAAGUGUUUAUUUUAAUAUGAACUUUAGAAUCUUACGAUUUUACGAUUUUAAUCUACGAUUCCGAUAUUACCUCAGUUUUCGAUUUUACGUAAAAUCCCGAUUUUGACUGCAUUGAUCGUACCAUUCCACUUGCCAAACCAGCGCAACGGUAUAAACCGGUUUGAAAACCCAAUACUAAUUGCGCUAAACCAAGCUUUCCCACUAAAUGUUUACAUGACUUUCUUAAACAAUUAUUUUUUUCUUGAAACAAAGUCAAUUCAAAUGGUUGACAUAGCUAUUAUAAAUAAAAUAAAAUAAACUGGUUGAUAUACAUGUAGUCCUAGUUGAAUUCUCCACACUUUCUCAACAUUAUUUGUGAAUCACGAAUUCGUGGUUUAAUUUUCUUCCAGCAUGUUAUUGGCAUAUUGCAACUCCCCUAGCUUGUUACUAUUUUAUGAGACAAAGUCCCCAAGUGUCCUAGUGGCACUGAUUAAAAAGAAAAAAAUAGUGGCACUAACAAAAUUAAUUCUAUUUAGUGUUACUAUAUUAUUAGACAAAUGGAUCAUAAGGUGUUUUCAUAUUCAACGAUAAAUGAGAAACAUAUAGGGUAAAGUUUAAUUAAGAGAUUAUCUCAAGCACAUCCAAUGAACUCCUAAAAUAUUUAUGAAGAUAAAAAAGAAAAAAAAUUCCAAAUUCAACCUGGAAAUUAUCAGUCAAGGGUCUCCCUAUACUUAAGCAAAGCAGCUGACCUACUCAUAUCUGUAAUUUUUUUGUUAUUCCAGAUUCCUAACAAUGAUCCUUCAAUUAGGGAGACAAUUGACCUGAGCGUCAGGAGAAGUUAUUGCAGUUGAUUAAACUAAUGACACAACAUAAACACAAGUCAUUAGUUAAUUAACCACAAAUAUGUGAAUGUGCAAAUGACACCUCCUCAUUAAUUAGAUAUGUAUUAGUAUAUUUGCCUACUUGCUUGAGUCACUUGCGCAACUACAGUUGACUGGAUCUUCAUAUGUGCACUUAGAUAGCGAUGGUCUAAUUAAUUUAAUUAACCUAUACUCAAGUUGAAAUCAAAUUUAUUUUAAUAGCCAAUUGGUUACUGAUUCAUAUAAAAAAAUAUGCAUGUAGGCCAUAUAUAUAAAUUAUAGACCUCCCUUAAAACAUAGGAGUCCAUGAGUAAUUAUCUAUCCCUUAAAAAAAAGAGAUUCUCAGCACACUUGUGAAUUGAUUAAACAGCCAUUGAACAUGUCAAUUGACUUGGGUUAGACUUUAUAAUCAUAAUAAAAGAAGAUUCGAGAAUACAUACAGAGUUCGAAACUAAAUACGCGACAACAUUUGUGAUGGAAAAGAUUUGUGAUAAUUUUUGAAAAACGUUUCCGCGACAAUCGUGAUCGUCGCCAUAAGCAGUAGCUUUUUUUCCUCUAGUAUAUUGUAUCGUCCUAGGAGUUUUGCAAAACAUACACGGAAUCUUCUGUGACAGUCUUUAUUGCAAAAACUAAGGUACUACGACAAAGAUCUUAUCGUAACAACUAAAACCCUAUUUAUUUUCAUUUUUGUUUCCUGUUUUUGAAAAAACAGAUGGUGAAAACAGGUGAAAACAACAUUUUGUCGUUUCCGAAAACAGCAGGAAGUUGUCACUUUUUAUUUUCAUAGUUGAAAACGAAUAGAUAUCAGAAUGAAUAAACGAGUUUUCUCGUUUUGAUUGUCAAAUUUACGACAGGAAAACAGAAAACAGGAAAAGAAAAUGAAAGUGAACAGGAACAUGAAACCCCCAAGUCGCUGCAAAACAAACAAACAAAAAGGCCCCCACUAAAUCUGUCCAAGAAAAUAAAAAGGCCAGACAGACCAUGGGCCCGAAAGCAUACAGGCCUGGGUAAAGUUAGUUGUUGAACGUUGAGAAAUUUAAUCAGACCGGGUUGGGUUGUGCAGGUUGAUGGGUCGAACCACCUUGGUGUAAAUUCACGCCGGUUCUUUGAAGGGGGGAUUGUUCCUAAUCCGACCACCGGCCGCUCUUCGUCCUCCUCUUCCGCUCGUUUCUCCAGCUCGACGACGACGCGGCGGCCGCCGCAGUGCAACAACUUCUUCGUUUGUUCAUUACUUUCCAGUGACUAUCAGUAGCGGGCUUUCUGCUUCUUCUAUUUGUCAAUUGGAGCUUAGGAGGGGGAGAUGACGAUGGCAAUGUCAAUUGCGCAAUUCACUUUCUUCUCCAGAGCAGCGUCAUCCUCCUUCCUCCAUCGAACCAAUGCCCGCUUCAAUCAAUUCACCUUCUCCACGCCUUUCUCCACUGCUGCUGCUACUUGCACCCGCAAGAAGAAUGGGAGGCUUCCUGUCAUGUCAGCGCUGGAACUGGGUGGAGUGAAGAUUGCUAGAGAUGAUGUGGUGAGAGAUGAUCCAACAAACAAUGUGCCCGAUUCGAUUUUCUCGAAGCUUGGGAUGCAACUCCAUAAGAGGAACCAGCAUCCUAUCGGCAUACUGAAGAACGCGAUAUACGAAUACUUCGACGCCAAUUACUCCAACAAGUUUGAUAAGUUUGAUGAUCUCUGCCCUCUGGUUUCUGUUAAACAGAAUUUUGAUGAUGUCCUCGUUCCUGCUGAUCACAUAUCGAGGAGCUAUAAUGAUACUUACUAUGUUGAUUCUCAAACUGUUUUGAGGUGCCACACCAGUGCUCAUCAGGCAGAGUUGUUGAGGGAUGGACACACGCAUUUCCUUGUAACUGGAGAUGUUUAUCGUAGAGAUUCAAUUGAUUCAACUCAUUAUCCUGUGUUUCACCAGAUGGAAGGGUUUCGUGUGUUCUCACCCAAAGAGUGGGAGGCCUCGGGAUUGGACGGCACAUCUUAUGCUGCUGACGAUUUGAAGAAAUGCCUUGAGGGGCUAGCUAGACACUUAUUUGGUGCAGUGGAAAUGCGUUGGAUUGAUGCAUAUUUCCCAUUCACGAAUCCAUCUUUUGAACUUGAGAUAUAUUUUCAGGAGAAGUGGAUGGAAGUAUUAGGCUGUGGGGUUACUGAACAAGAGAUUUUAAGGAACAACGGCCAACUCGAUAGUGUUGCUUGGGCAUUUGGACUUGGAUUGGAACGACUUGCUAUGGUUUUGUUUGACAUACCUGACAUUCGGCUUUUCUGGUCAAACGAUGAGCGGUUUACAUCUCAGUUCACCAAGGGCAAAAUGGGGAUAAAAUUCAAGCCAUUUUCAAAGUUUCCUCCAUGUUAUAAAGAUAUGAGUUUUUGGAUCAAUGAAUCAUUCACAGAAAACAAUUUGUGUGAAGUUGUAAGAGGAGUGGCUGGUGAUCUUGCGGAAGAGGUGCAAUUGAUAGACAAUUUUACAAACAAGAAGGGAAUGACAAGUCAUUGCUAUAGGAUUGCUUACCGGUCCAUGGAACGCUCACUUACAGAUGAAGAAAUCAAUGAGUUGCAGAGGAAAGUGAGAGAACAAGUUGAAACAAAGCUGAAUGUUGAACUCAGAUGAGAGAUCGCUAUUUGCAUCAAGAUUAUGCUUCAGAGGGAGUAAGAGCUGCAAGCGAAACCAUUGUUUACGAAAUCUAUGCAUCGCCAGCACAAUUUGAGACACGAACCGAUAGAGAUGUUAACUCCUUGGCAGAAACACAAAAGGAAAAACAUAUAUUGACUGCCAACUACAAGAUCCACUAUGUAGCUUCAUAAAGUGUUGCUUUUGAUUUUGAAUUCGUUGAAGGAGGGCUGUGAGGUUUGCUUUUGAUUUCUGUAUCGUAGCGGAGCAUCAUUAGUCGAUUCUCAGUGCUCUAUAGCAAUUCAAGUUCUAUGUUAUGCAUCUUACCAUAGCUUGCACCUUUUGUAAUAAGAUAGUAUGCACCAUCAAGAACUGGAAAGAAUGCAACACUGAAGAUAAUAAAUGGAAUCUCUUGUAGAUGUGCAAAGUGCAAACAAAUAGGAAACUUGCUCGUGGAAUUAUUUCUCAAAGGAACUCGUCAAAGAAUAAAGAAACAGUGAAGUAUAACUCUUACAACAUAGAAGUAUUUAACUUCAUUUACAAGGAACUCAUCAAAGAAGAAAGAAACACUGAAGCUCAAAUGGUUAAAACCCUCAAACAAGGUUCCUGACUGAUAAGUCUGCAAUGCAAUGGUACACGUGACUUGCAACGCGUCGUAAAUGAUGUCAUAACAAACUUUUUCGUAAUAAGACAUCAUCAUCAACUUCCACACCAUGGAGACUCAGACACCCAGCUUCUCUCUAUGCUCUUCUAGGCAUCUUCACCUCCACCUUGGCAACCACGGCCAACUGUGCACUAUCCUAAGGAAUCGUGCACUUUUCUUCCCUCCUAAUUGGAGCUCGGUAGAGUCUUGAACUCAUUGACAAGUUGGUUUCUGGAGGUUAAGAUAGCUCCUCCUUGUUGAACUUGUUCCAUGCUUCCUGCUUCCGUACAACACAACACAAAAGCCAUGCAUUUAAAAUUUCGACCUGCUCAACAGUCACCAUGUUCGAGUAGUGCCAGUGUGCCACCUAGAGUAUUCGCAAAGUUCAUAAUGACUACAUGUGGUGCGCAAAUUUUUUCGCCAGAGUGAAACUAUGAAGUUACUACAAUCACUGCAGUAAUAGAGAUAUGCAAGUGCCAUUGCAAAGUACAGCUUAUUAAACUGAUACUUUAUACAGCUCUUCCAUAGACAGCACUGAACUGUUAUGUGUCAAUCUUUCUCCGCUCCUACAUUAUCAACUAUAAGCUUAAUACUACAACUAAACAAAAACAGCCGGUAAGAAAUAGCAGAUGUCCAUGUUGCAGCAGGUAAUUCAUGAGCAAUAGUGAAACUAAGUCUGCCACCUAGCUCCUACAAGUCUGCAAGAGAAGGAAUAAGGUGGUGGUCUAAGGCUUAUAGCUUUACCUAGCUACCAUAUGUUGUUGAUUUUGUUUGUUACUCCAUUGUUCUAUUCUUCUCUGUUUGUGGUGUUGCUCUAAGUAGUAGGGUUCUUUGUUACAUGCCGGUAUAGUUUCAUUGCUAACUUGCCAUGGUGUAUGGGUAGAUUUCAUCUGCUAUUUUGUAAGAUAUGCCGCUCUCUCUAUUAUCUAAUGCAAUUUGAAUAGAGCAGUAGUAUGAUC